AUGAUGUCCUAUUUGAAGCAACCGCCGUACACGGUGAACGGACUGAGCUUAUCUACCUCAGGAGUGGACCUGCUGCAUCCUUCAGUGGGAUAUCAAGGGACCCCUCGCAAGCAGCGGCGGGAGAGGACGACCUUCACCCGGGCCCAGCUCGACGUGCUGGAGAAUCUGUUCGGCAAGACCCGGUACCCAGACAUCUUCAUGAGAGAGGAGGUGGCCUUAAAGAUCAACCUGCCUGAAUCCAGAGUGCAAGUGUGGUUCAAAAACAGACGAGCCAAACACCGCCAGCAGGCCCAGCAGACCCAGAGCGGAGUGCAGAACAAGCCCGUCAGCAGGCCGGUGAAGAAGAAGAGCUCCCCGAUCCGAGAGGCCAGCUCAGAGAGCGGCGCCAGCGGCCAGUUCACGCCGCCCUCCAGCACCACCAUCCCGCCUGUGAGCAGCAGCAGCAGCAACAGCAGCAGCGGCGGCAGCAGCGCGGCUCCCGUGUCCAUCUGGAGCCCGGCCUCCAUCUCCCCGCUGGCCGACCCGCUGUCUACCUCCUCCUCCUCCUGCAUGCAGCGCUCCUACCCGAUGACCUACACCCAGGCGACCGGCUACAACCAGGGCUACACGGGCUCCUCGUCCUACUUCACGGGCAUGGACUGCGGCUCUUACCUUUCGCCUAUGCACCACCAGCUAUCCGCCGCGGGCUCCGCCAUGAGCCCCAUGGGCAGCAACGGGGUCUCCAGCCACCUGAGCCCGGCCUCCUCCCUCUCCUCGUCGGCGUACGGAGCGGCGGGACUGGGCUUCAGCGGCGCCGCAGACUGCCUGGACUAUAAGGACCAAACGGCCUCUUCGUGGAAGCUCAAUUUCAACGCGGACUGUUUGGAUUACAAAGACCAGGCAGCGUGGAAAUUUCAAGUGUUGUGA